AAGCCAUUGAACGUGACUAAUGCCAGUUCCAGGAGUUGUAGUUCUAGAGUUAGCCGUGAGGUUACAUUUUACUGCCGGUUUAUUUACCAUUAACAUCAUCACUGAUCAUCACAUCACCAUCAUCGAGUUCAUACAUCCUUUUAGUAAGCACAAACAAUUCAGACGUUGAUUACGUGGUACAUUGAAAGGAAAAGAGAAAAUUUGAUUAAAAAAAUGUCAAUUAAAAAUAUAUGCUGUCUGGGAGCUGGCUAUGUUGGUGGACCAACUUGCAGUGUUAUUGCUUGGAAAUGUCCUGAUAUUAAAGUCACAGUAGUGGACUUAAGUGUGGAGAGGAUUGCACAGUGGAACUCAGAGAAAUUGCCCAUAUAUGAGCCACUCUUAGAUGAUGUAGUAAAGGAAUGCCGAGGCAAGAAUCUCUUUUUCACCAAUGACAUCAAAACAGCCAUCCUUGAGGCAGACCUGAUAUUCAUAUCUGUCAAUACCCCAACAAAAACCUUCGGCAACGGAAAGGGCCGGGCAGCAGAUUUGAAGUACGUUGAAGGUGCCGCUCGAAUGAUUGCAGAUAUCGCGCAAAGCGAUAAAAUCGUCGUGGAAAAGAGUACGGUGCCGGUGAGGGCUGCCGAGAGCAUCCAGAACAUCUUGUAUGCCAACAACAAACCGGGAGUGACUUAUCACAUUCUCUCGAAUCCCGAGUUUCUGGCUGAGGGUACUGCAAUCAAUGAUUUGCUUUACGCUGAUCGCGUUCUAAUUGGUGGUGAAAAUAGCGGAGCUAUCGAGCAGUUAUGCAAGAUCUACGAGCACUGGAUACCAAGAAAAAAUAUUUUAACUACAAAUACGUGGUCAUCGGAAUUAUCAAAAUUAGCUGCAAAUGCGAUGUUGGCUCAGCGUGUUUCGAGCAUCAAUUCCUUGUCAGCAGUAUGCGAGGCUACCGGAGCCGACGUUUCGGAGGUGGCUCGAGCUGUCGGUCUGGACUCGAGGAUCGGUUCGAAGUUCCUGCAGGCUUCCAUUGGUUUCGGUGGGAGCUGUUUUCAAAAGGACAUCCUAAAUCUGGUGUACAUCUGCGAAUGCCUGAAUCUGCCCGAGGUGGCCGCAUACUGGCAGCAGGUGAUCGAUAUGAACGAAUACCAGAAAUCGAGGUUCACUGCCAAAGUCGUUCAAGCUCUGUUCAAUACCGUCAGCGGUAAGAACAUCGCGCUCUUGGGUUUCGCAUUCAAGAAGAACACCGGAGACACUCGCGAGAGUCCGGCCAUUUAUGUGGCCAAAACCCUUCUGGACGAAGGUGCCACCUUGAAUAUCUACGAUCCGAAGGUGGAGGAGUCCCAAAUCUUUAAGGAUCUCACGCAUCCGUCCAUAUGUGAAUCUCCGGAGCAGGUCAGGAAAACCGUGAAGGUUUGCGAGGAUGCGUAUUCGGCAACCAAAGGAACACACGCAAUCGUUGUAUGCACAGAAUGGGAUGAGUUCAUGGUAUUGGAUUACAAAAAGAUAUACGAUGGAAUGAUGAAACCGGCGUUCAUUUUCGACGGAAGGAAAAUCCUUGACCACGAGAAGCUUCUGGAAUACGGAUUCCACGUGCAGACUAUAGGAAAACAGCUGAGGAAACCGACUCCGCCGCCUCGUAUGACCAACAAUCAUCACGUUUGAACGAACCAACGUAAAUGGGAAUUAUCGAAUGCAAUUGAGAGAUAUAUAUAUGUAUCUGUAUAAAUUGACGACGUGUAUUUAAUCAGUAUUCGAAAUUGUACUUGUUUUUAAUUUAAUUUUAAUAUUUAUAAGCGUGGAUUUUAUUCCGAAAACCAUAUUUUAUGAUUCCAAAGUGCAAUUAUUUUUUUAAAACAUG